AUGUCACCUACAUAUAAUGCAGAUUUAAUUAAUGGUAAUAUCUUAGAUUUAAUUUUAACAGAAACACCUGAACGUAUAUACAAAAUCCAUCAUAACCCAACUCUAGCCAACACUAGAAAUGGACGCCAAAUACUUAGCUGGAAAUAUUUUUUAAAAAGCACUACUAAAAAGUUAAUGUCAAACUAUGGGAAAUCUGGAUUUAACUAUAAACUUGGUAAUUACAGAGUCAUAAAUAAAGCUAUUAAUGAAAAUGAUUGGGAAAGCAUUAAUAUAAUAACAGAUAAAAAUGGUUCUUUACAAACAAAUCGUGAUUAUAUUGCUAAUAUCCUCAAUGAAAACUUUCACUCAGUAUUUUUUAUAGAAGAUCCAACAAAUUUUCCUAAUAUUGCAUUAAAAACAAGCAAGACUUUAGAAUUAGAUAUAGACUCAAUAAUAACUCAAGACAUCGUUAGAAUUAAACUAAGUGAACUAAAUGUCAAUAAAGCAUUAGGAGCAGAUGGUGUAAGUUCAUAUGUGUUAAAAAAAUGUCAAAAUAGUUUUUGCAAACCUCUAGAGUUACUAUUCAAAAAAUCCUUACAAGAAGAACAAAUUCCACUCAUAUGGAAAAUGGCUAAUGUAACACCACUACACAAGAAUGGAGAUAAAAAUAAUCCUGCAAACUAUAGACCAAUUUCAUUAACGUCAAUACCAUGCAAAAUUCUAGAGUCAAUCUUAGAAACACAAAAUAUUUUACUUGAUGCUAUUGAGAAUGGCUGGUGUGUUGAUGUGUUGUAUACAGAUUUCUCAAAAGCUUUUGAUAAAGUACCUCAUAUGCGAUUGAUGUCAAAGUUAAUAUCAUAUGGUAUAGUUGGAGUAAUUCUAAAUUGGAUAGAAGCCUAUUUACAUGAUAGAAAGCAACGAGUAAUUUUAGGGGAUUGUGUAUCAAAAUGGCUAACAGUUGAGAGUGGAGUUCCACAGGUUCUGUCCUUGGGCCUCUUCUAUAAAGAUAUCCGUAUUAACAAAUUACAACUAGAUAUUGAUAAUGUUAUGAAAUGGUCGUCACUAUGGUUAAUGAAAUUUAACUAUGAAAAGUGUAAAAUUAUGCACAUUGGUUUUAAAAAUCCUUGUAUAACUUAUUCAAUGUUCGACGCUGAAACUCAACAGAAUAAUAUAUUAGCAGCAUCAAAAGUAGAACGUGAUUUAGGAGUAAUGAUGCAUCUAAUUUAA